AUGGAUCGAUUCGCUCAGACAUCACACACCACCGUGCUCAUGGAACUCACCCCUGUCCAAAAAGUAUCUCGAAAUCAAUCAACUUCCUCGUCCAUGAAGGCAAAAUCCAAAGUAAAUUCCGAAGUCGUGGAUACUGCCUCUGGGUCACAGCUUAGGAGAGUAUCUAUUGAAGAGACGCUCACGAACGAAGAGCGAAAGUCUGUCAACACCCGACCUGCAACAGGGCCUUCAGCAGGGACGAAGUCAAGAGAACAGAAGUUCACCGGCCGUAUCCAGUUUCUGUCUCUCUGUUUUACUCUCUUUCUUGCCGGGUGGAAUGAUGGUACUACAGGUCCUCUUCUGCUCCGCAUCCAGGAGGUAUACCAUGUCAAUUUUACCGUCGUCUCCCUUAUAUUUGUCCUUGCCUGCACUGGAUUCCUUGCAGGAGCAUUGGCGAAUAUUCACUUGACUGAAAAGAUCGGGUUUGGAAAAGCUGUCGCUCUCGGAUCCGUCUUCCAAAUUGUGGCAUACAGUAUACAAUGCUCGGCCCCGCCAUUUCCAUUAUUUGUUAUAGCUUAUGCCAUCAAUGGCGUAGGUGUCGCCCUUCAGGAUGCUCAAGCAAAUGGGUUCGUUGCAACCCUGAGCAAUAAUCCCGAAUCAAAAAUGGGCAUCUUACAUGCUGCUUAUGGGCUGGGUGCCUUUGCUGCACCGUUGGUAGCAACACAAUUUGCGCAUCUUCCGCGAUGGUCGUUCCACUUUUUGGUUUCUUUAGGCCUGUCCGUUCUGAACACAAUUUGUCUGGUGGCAAUAUUCAGAUUUAAACCCCAAAAUGAAUGUCUUCUUGAAGCCGGGGAAGUUGUUCCAGAGAAAUCUGCAGUGCAGGAAGAGCAAACUCGAACUCAAAACACAUUCGGGCUCGUGAUGCGCAAUCGCUCAGUACAUUUAAUCGCUUUUUUUAUUCUUGUAUACGUUGGUGUGGAAGUUACCAUUGGCGGUUGGAUUGUGACAUUCAUCAUUGAUGAGCGAAACGGUGGGCCAUCAGCCGGUUAUAUCUCUUCUGGAUUCUUUGGAGGCCUUACUGUAGGGCGCGUCCUUCUAUUAUGGGUGAACAAAAAGGUUGGAGAAAGGCGUGUGCUGUUCAUCUAUGGCGCAUUGUGUUUUGCUCUAGAGUUUGUAAUCUGGUUUGUACCAUCCCUAAUCGGAAACGCAGUCGCCAUCUCCAUAGUUGGUGUCCUCCUUGGACCUAUGUAUCCAAUUGUGAUGAACCAAGCAUCGCGGAUUCUACCACGGUGGAUUUUAACUGGAUCUAUUGGUUGGAUUGCUGGGUUUGGACAGGCUGGAAGUGCCCUGUUUCCCUUUAUCACUGGAGCCGUUGCAGAGAGACACGGUAUCAAGAGCCUACAACCACUACUCAUUUCAAUGAUGGGACUCAUGUUAGGAUUAUGGGCAUUAGUCCCAAAUGCACCGGCGCGACUGGAUUAG